AUGGCCACAGCGACAACUGAAAGAAACUUGUGUCAUACAUGUCAAAAAGCAAAAGGAAUAUCCAAAUGUGAAGGGUGUUCGCAAAUCUUUUGUUUUAAUCAUUUCGUUGAUCAUCGUCAAGAAUUGAACAAACAAUUUGAUGAAGUUGAACUUACUCGUGAUCUUUUUCGACAAACACUAAGCGACCAAACAUCAGAACCAGGAAAUCACAUUUUAAUACAACAAAUUAAUGAUUGGGAACAGAAUUCAGUUGAAAAAAUUCGACAUACAGCAGAUGAAAUCAGAAAAGAAUUACUAAAACAUACAGCUAAAAAUAUUACUGACAUAGAAAUUAAACUGAACGAAUUAACUGAUGAAUUAAGACAAUGUCGCCAAGAAAAUGACUUUAUUGAAACAGAUUUACAUCGAUGGAAAAAUCAACUCUCUGAUCUAACCAAUGAACUUAACAAACCAUCAAAUAUUACAAUUCGACAAGGUUCAAACCGACUUGUGAAAAAAAUUUAUCUCAAUAUAUCAGCUAGACAAUCAUGUAUGAGCCAAAUUGAUGCCAACACAAGAUGGGUACAAAAUGGUAUCACGGUUGCUGGAGGUAAUAAAAGAGGAGAUGGAUUAAAUCAACUUGAUCGUCCAUGGGGUAUAUGUAUUGAUGACGAUGAACAAACUAUAUAUAUCGCUGAUACUUGUAAUCAUCGCAUUAUAGAAUGGAAAUAUGGAGCAACACAUGGCAGAAUCGUGGCGGGUGGGAAUGGAGAAGAAAACCCAACCAAUCUGUUAAAUAAUCCAAGAGACGUAGUUGUUGAUAAAGAGAAAGAUUGUCUUAUUAUCUGCGAUCGAGGAAACAGUCGAUUGGUGCAGUGGCCUCGUCGAAAUGGCACAACUGGGCUAACAGUUAUCUCCGAUAUUGCAUGCAUAGGACUAGCAAAAGAUCACGAUGAGCAUUUUUAUGUUUCUGACGGUGCUAAGCAUGAAGUAAGACGAUGGAGACUAGGAGAUACUUGUGGAACAGUAGUAGCAGGGGGUAAUGGACAAGGUAGUCGUCUUGAUCAGCUCAAUGGACCUAGGUAUAUCUUUAUCGAUCAAGAUUAUUCAGUAUACAUAUCAGAUGAGAACAAUCAUCGUGUGAUAAAGUGGACCAAAGGUGCAGCACAAGGAAUUGUUGUUGCCGGCGGUCAGGGAAAAGGAAAUGGUCUAGCUCAAUUGUCUGGUCCGCGUGGGGUGGUUGUUGAUUCAUUAGGUACUGUUUAUGUGGCAGACAGUGAAAAUAAUCGAGUAAUGCGUUGGUUGAAAGAAGCUAAACAAGGUUCUGUUGUUAUUGAUGGAAAUGAUCAACAGAAACAACUAACCCAACUCCAUUAUCCUCAGGAUUUAUCAUUUGAUCGACAAGGCAAUCUGUACGUUGUCGAUUUUGGCAAUGAUCGAAUACAACGAUUCAAUAUCGAUUUAAGUUCCAGUUAG